AUGGGAUUUGGUCUUUAUUUAAUUGUUGCUGGGACUUUAAUCACUGGAGCAGCAAAUUCAUUACUCACAAAAUAUCAAGAUAAUCAAUGUGUUGAUAAUUGUCAUGAUCCUAAUCCUGCUAAUCAUAAAUUAUUUGAACAACCAGGAAUUCAAACUAUGCAAAUGUUUCUUGGUGAAUUAAGUAUGUAUUUAGUAUUUGUGUUUUAUAAAUGGUACAACUAUGAUAAUAAUAAUAAUAAUAAUCGGUACGUUCAACUAAAUGGUGAUGAUGAUGAUGAGAGCGAUCCACUGAGUGUUACCAAACCCCAUGAAACGUCGAUAUUUGAAAAUUUUAAAUUAUCAAUUCCAGCAAUUUGUGAUUUAAGUUGUACUACUUUAUUAAAUAUUGGAUUAGUUUAUACUCCAGUUUCAAUUUAUCAAAUGUCAAGAGGUUCAGUAGUUUUAUUUGUAGCUACAUUAUCCGUACUUUUUCUUAAACGGAAAAUCACUAAAUUAGAAUGGUCAUCAUUAUUUUUAGUUACAUUAGGAAUUGGUCUUGUUGGAUUAAGUGGAUCAAGAAAUACUACACCUGACCCAUCUUCAAAUAUUAAUAAUUCCACUAACCCUAACCCUAACCCUGCAUUGGUUAUAUUUGGAAUUUUUUUAAUUAUAAGUGCUACACUAUUACAAGGUAUUCAAUUUGUUGUUGAAGAACAUAUUCUUGCUAAAAAUCCUAUUAUUCCAUUACAAUUAAUUUAUAUUGAAGGAUUUUAUGGAUUAUCAUUAAUGAUAAUUAUAUCCAUUUUAUUAAAUUUUAUAAUUGGAUCAAUUGAAUCACCCGAAAAUUUCCAAUCUUCACCAUUUAAUUUAUCAUUAGCAAUUUAUCAAGUUUUCCAUAACAAACGGAUAUUAAUUUCUUCAUUAUUAAUUCUGUUAUCAAUUGCUAUUUUCAAUUAUUGUGGACUCUCUAUAACUCAUAGAAUUUCCGCAACGGCAAGAUCAACAGUAGAUACUUGUCGUACAUUAAUAGUUUGGAUUGUUGCUAUGAGUAUGAAAUGGGAAACAUUUCAAUCAUUACAAUUUUGUGGGUUUGUUGUGUUGGUUUUCGGAACUUUAUGUUUUAAUGGAGUUUUAAACCCAGAAAAUUGGGGAUUCAUUCCAAGCUGGUUGAAAAAUGAUGCCAAUGAUUCUUCUCAUGAAAGAUUGAUUGAUGUGGUUGAUGAAAUUGAUGAACCAAUUGAAAGAAUGUAA